AUGGACAUUGCGGACGCGUUCGACGCUAUCUCCGGCUACGAGGAGACGCUCGUGGCGCAGGGCGAGGCCAUGGGCAUGGAACGCGGACGCGAGCUAGGAAUCGAGGAAGGCCGCGAGCUCGGCAUCAUGAAGGGUGCGGAGAUCGGGAGCGAGUUGGGCUUUUACCAGGGCUGUCACUUGGUGUGGAGCCACAUGCUGCAAAGCGAGAAGUUGAAGAGCAAACUACCGACUAGAGCUGCCAAAUCGGUGGCGUCGUUUGGCGUGCUGCUCGAUGCUUUUGAGCUGAAGAAUGUAGUGGACGAGGACAUGAUGCAGGAACUGCUGCGUAUCCGAGCCAAGUUUAAGGUUAUUACCGCAAUCGCAGGCCUACGGGAGAGCUUGGUGUACAGCAAAGAAGAUAUCAAAGCACAUAAAGACAUGUCGUUUUGA